AUGAAGUUCAUCAUCACCUACCGAAGAAUUUGGAUUCAAGCAGGCCGUGACGGCGUAUUCGCGUUCGCGAAGAUAGCCGAGGCCAAUAUUGCCCGGGCACGAAUGGCUUCCACGGCUGAAAACUGUGUCAAGGAGAUUUUCCCUGGUAGUCAGAUUGUUGCCAAUCGCACGGAUCGUUAUCCCAUUCGUGUGAUCGUGUCGGUUGAGGCUGACGGCAAAUCAGUCGAAAUUUGGAGCGGUUCGCAGCGAGACUUAUUCCAGAAGUAUCGCGCCAAUCGAGAAAAGUCCGUCCAGGCGAUCAAGAACAAUUUGACGAAAUUCAAGGCAACAUCUAUGGAUGCCUAG